CACCGGGCCCAAUCCCUUACAACCACCCCAGGAUUGCUCCUGAGCAGACUGCCGGCCACCACGUUGCCCUUCUCUAUCCAGCAAGAAAGACUUGAGUUAGACAAGCAGAGACACACGCCUACCUACCUCAUGGCUACGGAAAACGGAGCAGUUGAGCUCGGAAUCCAGAGCCUGUCAGCAGAACAGACACCUAAAGGUGCUGCAGGCGAUGGAACUCCAGCUUCAGAGGAAGACCCCAGCCCUCCAGCCACGGAGAAAGACCCAGGCCCCUCUAACAUGAAGAAAGACCCUGGAACAGAGAAAGACCCAGGCCCCUCUAACACCAAGAAAGACCCUGACACAGAGAAAGACCCAGGCUCCCCUAACAUGAAGAAAGACCCUGGGACAGAGAAAGACCCAGGCCCCCCAAACACAAAGAAGGACCCUGGAACAGAGAAAGACCCAGGCCCCCCAAAUACGAAGAAAGAUCCUGGAACAGAGAAAGACCCAGGCCCCCCUAACAUGAAGAAAGACCCCGGGACAGAGAAAGACCCAGGCCCCCCUAACACGAAGAAAGACCCUGGAACAGAGAAAGACCUGGCCCCUUCUAACACAAAGAAAGACCCUGGAACAGAGAAAAACCCAGGCCCCUCUAACAUGAAGAAAGACCCUGGGACAGAGAAAGACUCAGGCCCCCCAAACACAAAGAAGGACCCUGGAACAGAGAAAGACCCAGGCCCCCCAAAUAUGAAGAAAGAUCCUGGAACAGAGAAAGACCCAGGCCCCCCUAACAUGAAGAAAGACCCCGGGACAGAGAAAGACCCAGGCCCCCCUAACACGAAGAAAGACCCUGGAACAGAGAAAGACCUGGCCCCUUCUAACACAAAGAAAGACUCUGGAACAGAGAAAGACCCAGGCCCCUCUAACAUGAAGAAAGACCCCGGGACAGAGAAAGACCCAGGGCCCCCAAACACAAAGAAAGACCCUGGGACAGAGAAAGACCUGGGCCCCCCUAACUCGAAGAAAGAUCCUGGAACAGAGAAAGACCCAGGCCCCCCUAACAUGAAGAAAGACCCUGGAACAGAGAAAGAUCCAGGCCCCUCUAACACAGAGAAAGAUCCUGGAACAAAGAAAGACCCGGCCCCCCCUAACACGAAGAAAGACCCUGACACAGAGAAAGACCUGGGCCCCCCUAACACGAAAAAAGACCCUGGAACAGAGAAAGACCCAGGUCCCCCUAACACAAAGCAAGACCCUGGCGCAGAGAAAGACCUGGGCCCCUCCAACACAGAGAAAGACCUCGGGACAGAGAAAGACCUAGGGACAGAGAAAGACCCAGGUCCCCCUAACAUGAAGAAAGACCCUAGCACAGAGAAAGAUGUGGGGCCCCUUAGCACAAAGAAAGACCCUGAUACUCCGCACCCAAAGAAAGGUUCAGAUUCACCCUCCCUGAAGAAAGAUGCCAAAGCCCCUGCUCCAGAGGAAAAGGGUGACCCAACUCCAGCCUCAGCCAGCAGCCAAGGCCCUUCAGGAGAGGGGGACGGGGACGGGGGUCCUGCUGAAGGCAGUGUGGGGCCUCCUGCAGCCUUGCCCCAGCCCUCUGCCACCCCUGAGGCCAGCGUCCAGAAUCAGGAUGCCAAGCAAGCACUCUCGGGCAAGCAGGGACCUGAAGAGCCCAAGGCGGGCAGGAAAGCAGUGGAGUGUCGAGAAGCGGGACGAAGAGGCUCACCCGCCUUUCUUCACAGCCCUAGCUGCCCUGCUGUCAUCUCAUGCUCUGAGAAGACACAGGUUGAGAAGCCCCUAAGCGAGACAACAGAACUCAUCUUCACAGGGGUGUCUAUGACCCCCGACUCCCAAGAUCUUGGGCCAGCCAAGGCAGAAGGCGGGACAAACACCCUGGAAGAGAACCAGAAAGCAGAGGCAGAGAAAGCCCCAGGCCAGGCUGGCCAGGCUAAGGUGCAAGGGGACACCUCCCAGAGGAUCGAGUUCCAGGCUGUUCCCUCAGAGAGAGCGGAGGUGGGGCAGGCCCUCUGUCUCACUGCCAGGGAGGAAGACUGCUUCCAAAUUCUGGAUGACUGCCCACCACCCCCGGCCCCCUUCCCACACAGGAUCGUGGAGCUGAGGACCGGAAAUGUCAACAGUGAAUUCAGCAUGAACUCAAAGGAGUCACUGGGAGGUGGGAAGUUUGGAGCUGUGUGCACCUGCACGGAGAAAGCCACAGGCCUCAAAUUGGCCGCCAAAGUCAUCAAGAAACAGACUCCCAAGGAUAAGGAAAUGGUGAUGUUGGAGAUCGAGGUCAUGAACCAGCUGAACCACCGCAAUCUGAUCCAGCUGUACUCGGCCAUUGAGACCUCACAUGAGAUCAUCCUGUUCAUGGAGUACAUCGAGGGCGGCGAGCUCUUUGAGAGGAUCGUGGAUGAGGACUACCAGCUGACUGAGGUGGAUACCAUGGUGUUCGUCAGGCAGAUCUGUGAUGGGAUCCUCUUCAUGCACAAGAUGAGAGUCUUGCACCUGGACCUCAAGCCAGAGAACAUCCUGUGUGUGAACACCACCGGCCACUUGGUGAAGAUAAUUGACUUCGGGCUAGCACGGAGGUACAACCCCAACGAAAAACUGAAGGUGAAUUUUGGGACUCCGGAGUUCCUGUCGCCUGAGGUGGUGAAUUAUGACCAGAUCUCUGACAAGACUGACAUGUGGAGCCUGGGGGUGAUCACCUACAUGCUGCUGAGUGGUCUCUCCCCCUUCCUGGGAGAUGAUGACACAGAGACCCUAAACAAUGUCCUGUCUGCGAACUGGUACUUUGAUGAGGAGACCUUUGAGGCUGUGUCGGACGAGGCCAAAGAUUUUGUUUCCAAUCUCAUCAUGAAGGACCAGAGCGCCCGAAUGAGUGCGGAACAGUGCCUGGCCCACCCCUGGCUCAACAACCUGGCAGAGAAAGCCAAACGCUGCAACCGCCGUCUGAAGUCCCAGAUCCUGCUUAAGAAAUACCUAAUGAAGAGGCGCUGGAAGAAAAACUUCAUUGCUGUCAGCGCAGCCAAUCGCUUCAAGAAGAUCAGUAGUUCAGGGGCACUGAUGGCUCUGGGGGUCUGAGCCCCAGGAGCAGCUAAGCCUGGACGCAGCUGCACGGUGGUCAAGGCUGAAGUCACACAGCUCAGAAGGCCAGAGAGAGCCAGCCAGAUCUCUAGAGGAGGCUGGUCAGAGCAAAGUUGCACCAGGCCGGGAGGCUCGAGGCUCCCCAGGCCCUCAUUCAGUAUCGCUUCUCCUCUGUGAACGUGGAGUGUGGCCUGGAAUCCAUCUUGCUACCGCCUCCUCAGACAGGGCCGUGGCCCAUCAGCCCCACCCAGACUCCAAGGACGUCCAGGCUGUUCCCCAGUCUCUCCCUAGCUCCCUCCUUUGAACUACUGCCCUGUAGCCUCUGCUUUGCCCCACCUGGGGCACCCUUGCCUGGAGUGGGAUGGCUGGGGGUCCAGCAAGUGGGCUGCUGUGGUGGUGGAUGGGAAGCUUCUAGAAGGGUAAGAACGCAGCCCAGCUGCUAGGGGAGGACAGAGUAGGCUUUGUGUGAGAGGACUUCCAUGCCCUGCCUCAGGAGCCCAACAGGUCAUCUGGCCUCCUGGCCCCCAC